GUAAAUCGUAAUAUGAAUAAUUAAAGAAAUGAAUACAGAGUAUAAUAUUGGUGAUUUUAUAAAAGCUUAUUUAGAAUUAAACAGGGUUGAUGGUUUAGAGUUAAAUGGGUUAUUUACCAAACAUUCACAGGAAGAUCAAUCAAAAACCACUACAACUACUACUACAACUACCACUACUACCAAUACCACCACAACUACCACUACCACAACAACAACAAGAACUGAAAAUCAUCCUACUUUUUCAUUAAAGAAAACAAGUCGUUCAUCAAAAAAGAAAUCAAUUCCAGUAGUUCAAACAUUUAUUUCACUUCCAAGACAUUAUAUACACCAGUUUUCAAAAGAUGAUAAAGAUUAUAAAGAUUCAUUAUUAUAUGCAUAUUCACAGCCUGAUUUAAUUGAAUCCAUUCGUUCAGAAGAUCUUUUUAGAAAUCAAUCAGAGGUUUCCAAGUUUCAUUAUUUAGGUGAUACAAUUUCAAAAUAUAGACAGUUAUUUGGAUAUCCUCAAAACGAACCAAUGAAAUUACGUAAUGGCGAUUUUCCUUCAAGUGAAACAAAAAAACAUAAAAAUAAUGUAAUGAAAUCAACAAGCAUCACACAUUUUUCUAAUAAACUCCAAGAAAAUGAAUAUUCAUCAUUAUAUUUUUUAAAAUCAGGCACAGUAGAAAGAGGAUAUUUAUCAAUUUUAGCAAGAUUUUCACUUUACAAAAAUAAAACCUUUGAAAAAAACAUCUAUCUUCAUUUUCCAUUUAAUGAAAUCGAAAAGAAAAUUUUAAAAAAUUCGAAUGUUAGGGAUAAUUCAAGUUUAAGUUUAUUAUAUAAAGUUAUAAAGGAAUUGCCAGGCAGAGCGCCUAUAGAUGUUGUUAGAUAUUUAAAAGAUUCAAAUAUUUGUAAAAAGGAUGAAAAUUUUAGAAGGUUGGAUAUUUUAUUAAGAAACCACGAAAAAGAAACCAAUAAAUUUAUUAAGGAUAUAAAUUCAAAUAAAAAUAUUGGAGAGGAGUUUGGAAUUUCAAGUUCAAUGUACAGCGAUAGAAAAAAUGAAUGUUUAGAUGUAAAUAAGAUGUUACUCAAUAAUGAAUUGGGGAGAAAUAACAGUAAUUUAAAGAUUGAAAGUAACGAAAGGAGGGUUAUUAAACAUUUUACCAAAGAUUUCUCAAAGGUUACAAUGCUUUCAAAUGGUGGUGAAAAUAUUCUAGAUGUAAAGUUCGACCCAUCAGGUUCGGAUAAAGUUAUGGCACUAUCAAAGGGUAACAAUAAAUCAAUACUAUAUGACUACAAAACACAAUCUGUUCAGAAUUUAAAUUUUCACGAAAAGCAAUGUAAUGAGGGCCAUUUUUCGAUUGGGGGAUCAAAAGUUAUUACAUGUAGUAAGGAUGGUCGUAUUGCAAGUUGGUCAUCCGAUACUGCUGAGGUCCUGGGUUAUUAUGAGCACAAAGAUAGAAGUCCAUGUCUCAGAUUAAAUUUACAUAGACACAUUGAAUUAGCGGCUGGUGGUUUUAAAGAUAAAUCUAUUAUUUUAUACAAUUAUAACACACACUCUCAUAUAAAUAUAAAUUCCACACAAAAUUUAGAUUCAUGGCCAAGUGCUGUAACUGAUUUAUCAUUUGGGUAUGGAAAUAACUGCGAUUUGGUUGCAGGUGGUAUUGGUUCGAUUACAGAUGAUCCAAUAAAAGGCUUUGUAACAAUUAUAGAUAUUAAUAGACCUGAGCAAUAUUUAAAUCUUUUUGUUCAAGAAAAAGAUGUUUCUUCUAUUGCAUGGAAUCCAAAAAUUCCUGACUGUUUGGCAUCUGCAUCAAAUGACCCAGAAAGAUCAAUUUGUAUUUACGAUCUUAGAGAAUCUAGCCCGGUGGCUUUAACCAUGAGCACUGGUCAAGAGGAUGUUAAUAUUUGUUGUUAUAGUCCAUGCGGUAAUUAUAUUUCAAUUUCGGGUACUACCAAUUGUACAUAUGUUUUUGACACCCGUAAUUGUAGAACACCAGUUUCAGAGCUCCGCCAUAAAAUAAACGAAAAUCAAUCCUAUAAUGAUAAUAUCAAACUUGUAAAUCAUGCACAGUGGUCUAGAAAUGGUGAGUUUUUUGCAACUUCAGCCGAUGAUGGUUGUGUUCGUCUUUGGGAUGUAGAAAAUAAUAAACAACUAGUCGCAUUAGAGCAUGCCCCUUUCCCAGGUACAUCAAUUAACUAUUUCGAUAUUUCUGCAAGUUCUGACUUAAUUGUCAGUGGUUGUGACGAUGGUAUAAUUUGUUUUUUUGGUUUAGAUCCAAACAAUUAUUAAAUAUUUAGCGAAAUAUUAUAAUACAAAUAAAAUUUUAUGGUUUUUAAUUAAUUUUAAUAAAUC